UGGCAAUUAAAUUGGUGAUGAAGGUGCAUCAGGCUUAGGUUCUGCUUUAGCAAAUUGCAUUAAUCUCUCAAAUUUGACACUUGAUCUUGGUUGGAAUAUAAUUGGUGAUAAAGGUGUAUCAGGCUUAGGUUCUGCUUUAGCAAAUUGCAUUAAUCUCUCAAAUUUGACACUUAUUCUUUUUUCGGAUCAUAUUAGUGAAACUGAUGAAAAAGCUUUAUGGUCUGCUUUAGCAAAUUGUACAAAUCUCACUAAUUUGAUGCUUGACCUCAGUUUAAAAUAUAUUGGUCCUGAAGGUGCAUCAAGCUUAGGUUCUGCUUUAGCAAAUUGCACUAAUCUAUCAAAUUUGAUUCUACAUCUAAGUAACAAUGAUAUCUAUGAUAUAGGUGUAUAAGGCUUAGGUACUGGUUUAGCAAAUUUCACUAACCUCUCAGAUUUGUAACUUCAUCUUAGUUGCAAUGAAAUUGGUGCAAUUGGUGCAUCAAACUUAGGUUCUACUUUAGCUAAUUACACUAAUCUCUCAAAUUUGACACUUUGUUUUAAUAACAAUUAAAUUGGUGAUGAAGGUGCGUUAGGCUUAGGUACUGCUUUAGCAAAUUGUACUAAUCUCUCAAACUUGAAACUUUAUCUAGGUUGGAAUAAAAUUGGUGCAGUUGGUGCAUCUGGCUUAAGUUCUGCUUUAGCAAAUUGUGCUUAUCUCUCAAAUUUGAUACUUGAACUUAUCUUAAAUUAAAUUGGUUCAAUUGGUGCAUCAGGCUUAGGUUCUGCUUUAGCAAAUUGCACUAAUCUCUCAAAUUUGGCACUUGAUCUCCACCCUUCUGAAAUUGGUGAUGAAGGUGUAUCAGGUUUAGGUUCUGCUUUAGUUAAUUGCACUAAUCUCUCAAAUUUGAAACUUAGUCUUAAUGGAAAUCAAAUUGGUGAUGAAGGUGCAUCAGGCUUAGGUUCUGCUUUAGCAAAUUGCUCUAAUCUCUCAAAUUUGGUACUUUAACUUAGUUGGAAUGAAAUUAGUGAAGUAGGUUUAUACGGCUUAGGUUCUGCUUUAGCAAGUUGCUCUAACCUCUUAAAUUUGGUGCUAUAUCUUUAGUAAAAACAGUUUAUUUGUUUUGGAUUGUGA